AGUUGUGAUCUCUUGUGGCGAGAAUUGUCUGCAAAUUAUUGAUUCAAUAGAUAUUUAUAGUGUUUUCAGUGUUUGACUCGUGUUUCACAGCUAUAGUGAUGUCUAUUACUCCUAAGAUAUACAACUUAUCGACAUUACUCGCGGCUCCCAUUCCUCCGUGGAUUCGUGUGGUUAAGGAUCCCAUCAAAAGACAGCUCAAGAAUGAGCUCAAACUCGUGACACUCAAGUCCGUGAAGAGAGUUGACGUCCGAUUUGAUCCCUUCCACCGCAACGUCUCAUCCAUUCGCCAAUUCUUGACAGCAAUCAGUUCAUCGAAGACUCGCGCAACGAAUCCAAAGUGUGGUCUCAAGACUGAAGUACUGUCCAAACGUGAAGAGCCGACCGUCACGGUAUCGCUC